CGUCGUAACUCAAUUCAUAAUAAAUUAACAUUGUGAUAAGAAAUUUAAAAAAAAAGUUGACAACAAAUCGUGCUUCAAAACUGUCACGUCCCAUGAAUGUGUGUUGUUAUAACUUUAUGUGAAUGUUAAAGACGAGAAGUUCUUUUUAAAAUAAGAAACCUUACUACUGUCAGGAAUAUUCUUGUAUUUUUACCAUUUAAAAAUAUAGGACAAACUCAUCAGGGUCAAAACAAUCCAAUACGAUUAAGUAACGAAGCAGACCAAAAACUAAAUUAAACAAACAUGAGCUUACCAAGUGGCGUUGAUUUAACCAAACCAAAAUUCGAUCAAAGCACAUAUGUGAAUCGUGCAAAGCAUUUCUUUCUACUGACAAACCCAUUGAAUUUAUUGGCGAGCGAAAAGGAUUUAGAUGAUGCGAAACGUGUCAUUUCGGAGUACAAAGCUGGAAAAACGGAGAUUGAAGGAUGCAAAAGUGUGGACGAUUUAUGGCGUGCCAAGUAUUUGUACGAUUCUGCCUUUCAUCCUGACACCGGAGAGAAAAUGAUUAUGGUUGGCCGUAUGUCGGCACAAGUGCCAAUGAACACCGCCAUCACUGGAGCUAUGCUUACAUUUUACAAGUCAACACCAGCCGUCAUCUUCUGGCAGUGGCUCAAUCAGUCUUUUAACGCGCUUGUAAAUUUUACAAAUCGAUCUGGUUCUUCUCCUAUUGAUACAAACCAACUUCUGACGUCAUACGUAAUGGCAACUGGUGGCGCUCUUACUACUGCUCUAUCAUUAAAUCGACUAACAAAGAAAAUGAAUCCAUUAGUCGGACGUUUGGUGCCCGUGGUCGCUGUUGCAGCUGCCAAUUGCAUUAACAUUCCAAUGAUGAGAAUUCAAGAAUUGAAGAAUGGAAUUUCUCUGGUUGAUGACCAAUAUAGAAGUUUGAAUAUUGCCUCAAAGACAGCUGCCUACCAAGGAAUUAGCGCUGUAAUUGUAAGCCGUAUUUUAAUGGCUAUGCCUGGAAUGGUAAUAACACCAGUAGUUGUUCAACAAUUGGCGAACAAAGGUGUCUUCCAAAAGUAUCCAAAGGCAAAUGCGCCUGUUCAAAUGGCAUUAGUGGGUUUUAUUUUGAUCUUUGCCACUCCAUUGGGAUGUGCUUUCUUUAGCCAAAUGGCUAGCAUUAAGGUUGACGAUCUGGAGCCUGACGUAAAGGCUGUGGUGAAAAAGCAAAAACCAGACCUUGAAGUGGCCUGGUACAAUAAGGGCUUGUAAACAUUUCAGAAGUAUAUUCUGAAUCAUGUACUGAAAAUGUACGAUAUUUUAAUAAUGACGCGACUAUAAAUAUUAUUAUAUCCAAAGUCAAGUGAUAAAUGAAAGCAUUUCAAUGGCCAUAAUAUGACAGUAAAUCA